CUUCCCCGCAGAGAGGCGGUAGUUUCUGUGCGGGGUCGUGCCUCGAAGCGCGACGUUCAGAGGAAAAGCCGCUCGGGUCCCUGGUGCACAGGUGGCGCGGCGUGGAUUGACGUUCACCCUUGUUCCCCCAGCCACGUUAAACGAAGGGCUCCCUCGCAGUGUGAAAUAGCACUUCGCCAUGUUUGAAUCAAAGCAGGCCGUGGAGCGCCCCUCGGGUACACACAGCCGCAGCGUGUUCACCAGACUCGCGGCGGGGGGAGGGGGGUGUACUCGGGCCACAGAGUCUGCCAGCCGCCGCCGCCGAGCCAGUCAAUGAAUCCCUGGGCGUGAGAGGGGGGCCCUCGCUCACUAGACGCGCUGCGUCACUGCAGGCGAGCGAUCCCGGCGCUGGGGGGCGCUGCGAGACCGGCCGCCGGCGGCGCGUCUCUCCGUGGUGACCCCGGCAGGAGGAGCGUCCGCGGCGGUCGGCGAAUAGGAGGAGGAGCCGGGGAGAGCGAGAGAGGCAGGCGGCGAGAGAAGGCUGCUGGAAAUGGGGAGAGAGAGAAGGGCGAUCGGGGGGGACUCGCUCGUCUGACUGAAGAGCCACGAGUGCGAGUGGGAGAGAGAGGGGCGAAGCAGAGGACAAAAGACGGAGCAGAAGAGGCAGGAGGGAGAGGGAGAGGCCGGCCUGCACGGGCGCAGGAAUGAGAAGCUCGCUGUAGAGGAGAGGUAUUCCAGUAUGAGUCGAGGCGGAUGGAGGAAGAGAGCCGGGGAAGAAGAUGGCUGGGGCGGCAGGGGUGGGUACAUGGCUGCCAAGGUCUGCAAGCUGGAGGAGCAGUUCAAGGCCGACGCGCCGAAGCAGCAGCAGCAGCAGGAGGGAAGCUGCUCCAGUAUCUUCAGAGGAGUGGCCAUCUAUGUCAACGGGUACACAGACCCGACGGCGGACGAGCUCCGGAGGCUGAUGAUGCUCCACGGAGGCCAGUUCCACGUGUACUACUCCCGGUCCAAGACGACGCACAUCAUCGCCACCAAACUGCCCCACAGCAAGAUCAAGGAGCUCAAGGGGGAGAAGGUGGUGCGUCCCGAAUGGAUCACGGACAGCAUAAAGGCGGGACAUCUCCUCUCGCACAUCCAGUAUCAGCUGUAUGCCAAGCAGAAAGGCCUGAGCUUCAGCAGCGCUGUGAAAGUGAUGGAGUGCGUGGCCGAUCCCGGCGGCUCGCGCAGGGAGCUGGAGAACAGGGUGAACGGGACGGCGAGGAGCGUGCCUGACCUGGUGCGGGACCUGAGGGUGAACGGGACAUGCGGCGAGCCGGCAGCCCAGCGCGGCCAGAGCCCGGCGGAGCAGCCCAGGGACACGCCGGCUCUCGCCAACGGCCACGCCGGAUGCCACGUGCCCAACGGUGCCUUAAAACCCCCGGAGCCGGGUCUGCCGCCAGGCUCGCCUGCGCCCCCGCGCCCCCGCCCUGCGGACUGCAACGCCGAUUUCAGAGACGCCUGGGGGGAGCCGAGCGACCCCAGGCAGCCCGCUCCUUGGCACGGCGGUGUCAGGCUUAACGGCACGUGGCACCCCGCGGUGCAGGAGUCUUCGCGGCCCAGAAGCACGUCCGAGGCCUCGCCGGGCGGCACGGCCGCCGCCCCUGGGGCUGCGCACAGGCCGACAGAGCCCGGCUUCAUCUCCGACUUCUACUCGCGCUCCAGGCUGCACCACAUAUCCACCUGGAAGAACGAGUUCACGGAGUUCGUCAACACGCUGCAGCGCAGCAGCCACGGCCUGCUUCCCGGGCGGGAGAAGCUCAGGCGGCAGAGGUCAGGGAGGAGCGCCGAUCCCGGGCGGGCAGCUGGCUCCAGCCCAGCGGCCCCUCCGAGGCGCCAGACCUGCAUUCUGCACGUGGAUAUGGACUGCUUCUUCGUGUCGGUGGGGAUACGCCACAGGCCCGACCUGAGAGGGAAGCCAGUGGCCGUCACCAGACAUGGUUUCUGUCUGCCCUUCUUCAGGCAGGCGGGGGUGAAGAAUGGGAUGUUUUUCGGUCAGGCCAAGCAGCUGUGCCCGGGCCUUCAGGCUGUGCCCUACGAUUUCCACGCCUACAAAGAGGUGGCGCUGGCCAUGUACGAGACCUUGGCAAGGUACCACCCUUUUCCCACCCCUCUGACUGCAGACCAAGGAGCAGGAGCUGCUUGCGCAUUCAGGAACAGAGCAAAUGUGGGCAGACACUCCGUUGAAGCCGAUACCCUGGCUCCUUUCGAGAAACAGCUGGAUGAGAUCCUCAGUUCAAAUAACUGCUGCGCCGAGCGAGCAAGUCACUUUUCCGCUGCAAACACUGACGAUCACACCUGCUCCGUACAGCUGCGUGUUCACAGACACACCGGUUCGAACAUUCUGCUGGCCAGAAUGGCGACCCGCAGGGCCAAGCCCAACGGGCAGUAUUACCUGAAGCCAGAGGAAGUGGAUGACUUCAUCAGAGACCAGCUGGUCACCACCCUGCCAGGUACCUGGGUCCGCACCCCAGUCCGGCCCUUCUGGCGGUCCUGUGGACUGACACGCCGCUCUGUUGUCGCCCAGCUGGAGGAGGCCGAGUCCUUCCUGCUGAACCUGGCCGGGGAGCUCCAGCGGCGGCUGCAGGCCGUGGGGGCGCGGGGCCGCCGCCUCACGCUCAAGGUCAUGGUGCGCAAGCCCGGUGCGCCGCUCGAACCCGCCAAGUUCGGGGGCCACGGCAUCUGUGACAACCUGGCCAGGACGGUAAACCUGGACCAGGCAACGGACAGCGCUAGGGUCCUGGGCUCCGAAGUCCUCAAGCUGUUCCACUCCAUGAAGCUGAAUGUGUCUGACAUGAGAGGGGUGGGAAUGCAGGUGCAGCAGCUGGUCCCGACUACCGCGGUGCCCUCAGACUCCUCGUGCCAGGCAACUCCACGCAGCCGCUCCAUCAAAGACAUGCUCCUGGCACACAGGGGCAAAUGGUGCUGGGGGCUGUGGGAAAUCAGUACGGAAUGCUCUACAGAGGUGUCUCUUCCCUGUGAGACAGUGAUGCCGCAUGCAGAGAUGUCCAGUAUAUGCCAUGUGGCUCUCUUCCUGCUCUUUCCAGAUGUGUUACCUGACAGCGCAGCCCUGGACGAAAGGACAGCCCCAGUCCGAGGACUGCCUCCCCCAUCCCCGACCCCAGAGCCCGAGCCAGGGACCAGCAAGUGGGAGCCCAUCCCCAGGUACAACGGGAGUCUUCACGCUACUCCCCUGGCCCGGACGCGACUGAACCUCAGCAUUGAGAUCCCGUCGCCAUCACAGAUCGACCGUUCGGUGCUGGAGGCGCUGCCCGCGGACAUGCGGGAGCAGGUGGAGCAGACGUACCGGAGCCGCGCCGAGGAAACGCCCGGCAGCACCGUGGCAGAGCCCCAGCACCUGGGCACCCUGGUCCUGCAGAUCCCGGAGCAGCUGGCACAGGGAGGUGCAGGGGGCAUCAUCGUGGCGCUGCCCGAUUUCUCACAGGUGGACCCCGAGGUGUUUGCUGCGCUGCCCCCCGACCUGCAGGAGGAGCUGCAGAUGGCGUAUGGCCAGAGACAGACCACCACCCAGGCUGUCGCAGUGGUGGCCAAGAACUCCCUCCUGCACCUGAAGCAGCCGGCGGUGAAGACCAAGAGGCGGAACAAGAAGAACCCAGCCAGCCUGGCCAAGAAGGGCCAGAGCCCCCUGAAGAGCAGGCUGCUCCACAGCCCGGCCAAAGGCAGUCCCCAGAAACUGCUCCCCGACCUGCUGAAGCACGAGAGCCCUGCCAAGGACAGGCUGAAGCUGGAGUCAGGCCCGUCCACAUCCUCCUUGAAGCCGGACCCCCAGGAACAGCUGUCCAAGCCGGUGGCCCGGCCGCAGCCCAGCCUGGCGGGUGCCAUUGAGCUGCCGGACAUCAAGGUGCUGCUGAGACAGUGGGUCACAACCAUCUCAGAUCCAAUGGAGGAAGACAUACUACAGGUUGUGAAGUAUUGCACUGACCUCAUAGAGGACAAAGAUUUGGAGAAACUAGACCUCGUCAUUAAGUACAUGAAAAGGCUAAUGCAGCAGUCCGUGGACUCCGUGUGGAAUAUGGCGUUUGAUUUCAUCCUGGACAAUGUUCAGGUCGUUGUUCAGCAGAUCUAUGGCAGCACACUAAAGAUCUCGUAGGAAAUUCUGUACCAUACUUGUAAAGAAAAGGGAAUUGAGAGCCUGGAGCUCAUUCUCUUUGCUGUGCCAUAAAUGCUUGUGAAGUAUUUGCAAAUAGCAUGGUAGUAAUUCUCUUUGAAAAAUGUUUUAUAUUGAAAAUAAAGGUGUUUUGUAAAUUUUUUCUUUUGCAAAAGUGCCAAAUUUGUCAGUAUUGCAUGUAAAUAAUGAAUCAAUCCUUCUCUUGUAGCAUAGAUCCUAUUUACAAAAUGGUUGUUUAUAAAGUUUUAUGGAUUUUUACAGUGCAGUGUUUACAGCUGUUUAAUAAAGAACUGUAUGUAUGUUUUU